AUGGAUCCUCCUCCCCAAGAUGAAUUAAGACAAGUCAUUGCUGAGCUUACUGCCCGUCUAGGCCACUUAAAGGCUAGGUAUGACGAGGAAAAUGCACAUAAUGGCAGAAAUAAUAAUAGGCAUGGCCCUUACCCCAGGCAAGACCAUAGAGACAAUGAAGACAACUCUGCUAAGCAUAUCAAAGUAGAGGCUCCUACCUUCAAUGGUGUUAGGAACCCUCAGGUCUACAAUGAUUGGGUGCGAGAGAUGGAGCAUUUUUUUGAGUGGUAUGACUUGUUUGAGGAUAAAAAGGUUAGGUUUGCCAAAAUGAAACUUGUAGGAAGAGCAAAACUCCAUUGGGAUAGUGUUGUCAACCACCUCCGUAAGACCCGCCAAUCACCCAUAACUCUUUGGGAAGAAAUGAAGGCCAAGCUCAAUGAAAAGUACUUCCUAGUCUCUCAUCAAGGCAACUUGUUGGAUCAAUGGCAUGAUUUGAGACAAGACAAUAGGUCUGCUACUGAGUACGUAGAACAAUUUGAAAAGUACAGGAUACGUAGCAAUGCAACUGAGGAUGAGCCAAUUACCUUGAGUAGAUUUAGGAAAGGUCUCAAUUAUGAUCUUCAAAGAGAAUUGGUGGCUCGACAAAUCUCAACUCUUGAUGAUGCUUAG